GCUAGGACCCGGCGGGUGGCGACAGCGCGACGCGGCGCAUGCGCGGCGGUGUCUGUGCAGCUGGCUACCGCCGCGCUCGGCGGAGCAAGCGCUGGGACCGCGGUACCGGCGCCUCGCUGCAGGCAGCGGCUGCACCGUCGGGCAUGGACAACGCGGCUCUGCGCUGCGCUGCCUUGCCCCGUCCGGAUGAGUCCUCGCUGGAGCAAGUGAGUGAGGGGAGCGCUCGGGCGGGCAGUGGCGGCCCAGCCUCUGGAAGGAGGAUGUGGUGAGAGGAUGGGGCUGUCUCCCGCGGGGGCUCGCCAUGGCCAGGGAGGACUCGGUGAAGUGCCUGCGCUGCCUGCUCUACGCACUCAAUCUGCUUUUCUGGUUGAUGUCCAUCAGCAUAUUAGGUGUUUCUGCAUGGAUGAGAGACUACCUGAAUAAUGUUCUCACUUUAACGGCAGAAACAAGGGUGGAAGAGGCUGUCAUUUUGACUUACUUUCCUGUGGUGCACCCGGUCAUGAUUGCAGUCUGCUGUUUCCUCAUCAUAGUUGGAAUGCUGGGUUACUGUGGAACAGUAAAAAGAAAUCUGUUGCUCCUUGUCUGGUACUUUGGAAGCUUGCUUGUAAUAUUCUGCGUUGAGCUGGCCUGUGGUGUUUGGACCUACGAGCAGGAAAUAACAGUUCCAGUGCAGUGGUCUGAUAUGAUAACGCUGAAAGCCAGGAUGACCAAUUAUGGUCUGCCUCGGUACCAGUGGCUGACCCAUGCUUGGAAUUUCUUCCAGCGGGAGUUUAAAUGUUGUGGGGUGGUGUACUUCACAGACUGGCUGGAAAUGACAGAGAUGGACUGGCCACCUGACUCCUGUUGUGUCAGAGAGUUCCCAGGGUGCUCUAAGCAGGCACAUCAUGAGGAUCUCAGUGACCUUUAUCAGGAGGGAUGUGGCAAAAAAAUGUACAGCUUUUUGAGAGGGACAAAGCAAUUGCAAGUGCUGAGAUUUCUAGGAAUCUCUAUUGGAGUAACACAGAUCCUGGCUAUGAUACUCACAAUUACUUUGCUUUGGGCCCUGUACUAUGACAGAAGAGAUCCUGGGGCAGAUCAGAUCAUGGCCCUGAAGGGUGAUGCUUCACAGCAGCUGUCAUGCCAUUCCAUGGAGCUACUGAAACCAAGCCUGACAAGGAUCUUCGAACACACAUCCAUGGCAAACAGCUUUAAUACACACUUUGAAAUGGAAGAGUUAUAGGUGAUGCAGUGAAUCAAAGAGAUCACAAAGGGUUUUAAUUGUUUGGGUCGGUUGUUUUUUUUCUGUUCCAUCAAGUAUGCCAAAGACAUCAGGUUUUGUAUGUCAGAAAACAGGUAAUGGAUGGAAGUGAAGGAGAACAGUGUAGAGAAACCUGCCAACCUCAUAGCCAUGGCCCUAGCCAUGAAACAGAGAUGAUUUUGUUUGUUGGCUUUUUUAAAAGGCACAGUAAUAUUUAACUUAUUGUCAAAAACUGAGAGGUGUGAAACACUCAUUCACACGUGGACAGAACCUCUAAGAAAGAGUCAUGGGGCAAAAAGAAAAAUACUUGUCUUCUGAAGAAAGAACUCUGCUUUGGACAAACAAAAUGUGAUUUUAGUUGAAACUGACUUUUAAAAAGCCAUUUGGAAAACGUCUUAAUCAGGGAAUCUGUAUAUAGAGUUGUGUGGAUUCGUAUGUGCAUGGACAAUUCUUGGAUUUAAAAGUGCACAAGAUCUCUAAGAAGGGCAAGAUUUUCUUCUUUUUCUAACAAAAUCUUGUCUGUCGUUGUUGAAGAUGUUCUUAAAUGUCUGUUUUUUUAUCUAACAACUGCCUAAUUUUUAAUUUUAAGUUUGUUAAACAGGGAUUGAAACUAAACUAUUGACUCUGGGCUAUAGACUAAUUUUCUAAGUAGUUCUGGAGACUUCUUCUUUGAAACAGUUUGGUUUAGGGGGCUGUUUCUUAGCAAAAAAGAAAGAAAACCUUUGACCUUCUUUCUCAAAUGGGAAUCAGUAUAGGAGUAGCACAUUUUUACAGAGAAAUCUUUUCUCCUGUCUGUGAUUCCCCUGAAAGCAGAAAUUAAAGACUGCAAGGAAAAUGCUCACAGUUCUGGAUGCUGUUGCAAUAAUUGUAAAAAUACAUAUAAGAAGAAAUUCUACUUUAGCAGCUUCUUCAUUAAGAGCUCUCUAGUGGUUUGAAACGCCAACUGGAAACAGCAUUAAAAUGUAUUUAUUGAGGUGGGGAGAGUGCAUUUUACUGUAUUUUUAUGACCAAUUUUUAUUUCAUAGGAUUAUUUUUACAAUUGGCCAUGCUCCUGAAAUAUAUAUUUGUUCCACUGAAUACAGUAGUUUGUGGCAAAUGGGUUUUUACCUAAUAUUACAUUAAAAAAAAAAAAUCUUUGUUUUGGAAUUUGCAAAAUAAAAGGAAAAAAAAUUGUGAUUUGUUAUGCAAUAAAUUUACUUGCCUUAAA